UACAGGGCCAGAAAAUCAUCAACACAUCAUUGCUAUAGAUCCUAAAACAUCGAUUAUCAAUGGGAGAAUAGCGAGUUCUCUCGACACUGCAUCGCGUCGCGAAACCCACGCCUGCGAAGUCAGUCGCAAUGACGCCCAAGCGAAGUUUAUCACCCGUCGACGGGCAACAGCCCGAUUCAAAGCGCCCCCGACUCAAGGAUUCCGAAAUUGAGGUGAUACAACUGGAGGACGACGAGAUCAGUUCCAUCGCUUCUUUGGUACCGAAUCCACAUUACCAAGCCAGAACAGGCCUUCAGCGUUCCAUCGCCAUGGUUCUCAAUCAUGACGGCUUCGAAGGAGCAAGCCCCGAAGCGAUGGAGAGCUUCACUGGGAUGGUAGAGACCUAUUUGGAGGGCAUGAUCGAAGCCGCCAAGACUCUCGCUUUGGCUGCUCGCCGCGAACAUCCAGUACCCACUGAUUUCGAACAUGCGCUGCGACGGCACAAUAUCAGUGUCUCAUCACUAAAACCACACUUGAAGCCGCCUGUUCCCAAAACACAAGUGUUUCCUGGCUACGUUGAUGUGUUGCCUGAAGACCUUGACGCAUACACCACACUGCCGCUUCUGGGCGAGGAACUGAGUGGACAGCCCGACAAGGACGAGAAAGACUAUGUCCCAACCUCGUUCCCCGACUUCCCAAGCAAACACACAUACAAGUUCACACCUCAGGAGGACACCAGCAUUCGUGAUUCUAAGAAGAUACGCGAAGAGGCGGCAAGGACCGCUCAGCAGGGCGAGGAUGCUCUCAGACGACUGGUACGAGCAUCCAAGAUGCGAAAACAGAAAGAAGUGAAAAACCUAGUUGAACGAGACACGCAUGGGAAAGAGAGAUUCCGGCUUUGGGAAUCUACAAUGAAACGGUUCAUGGCGACUGAAGGCAGAGGGGAAAACACCGAUCAAAUGGAGAUUGCGGACCACAGCAUGAUUGUCAACGGCGAAGCGCUUUUCUCGCGAAAGGAAGUCCCAAGAGCUGGCAAGCGUUCAACCGCUUUAGCAAGCAAAAAGGUGACGUGAGGAGACCUAAACAAGAUCAUCAGCAUGAUACCCCAUAUACAUAUAAUGGUCCUGGUUGGAUGACGGCGUCAGGUGUUUCUGAGUUUGUUUUGUUCUCCUUUUUUCAACUUUUUUUUUUUUCAUCUCUAUUUGCCCCCCAAAGUCGGGAAUGGGGACAGAUCAAAUACUGAUAUAG